AUGAGCAGAAAUACAGCGCACUCGCCGCCUGGAGAGGCAAUCCCACUGGAACCAUAUGGGAGCGACGAUGAACAGCCCGACUCGCCGCUGGAUAUGCAGCCACCGCAGCCGCAGCCGAAAUGGAUGACCGACUCCCGGCACGGCUCCUGGCUGUCAGCCAUCGCUGCUCUCCCCAUCCGCCUACUCCGUCCGCGGCUCACUUGGCGAUAUAUCGUCUUUAGCGCGUUUUGUUUAUACGCUUUCUACUGCUUACUCCGGGGCUCGCCGCUCUUUGCUUCCCCGCUGCCGUCCUACGCCGGGCCCCACCGUGUCGGCGCCGUUGAUCUAGAAGUGCCCCUGGCCGGCGGGCCUCUACGCGUCGCUGACGGUGUCUUAACGAGUACUGGCAAACCAGCCUUUGAAGUUGAGACUCUUCUGGCGACAGUCUACUAUCCGACCGAACGAAGCUUCCGCUCCCGCAAGCCGCGGUAUCCGUGGAUUCCGCGCCCGAUCAGUCUCACUGCAAAGGGGUACGCUCGCUUUGCUCAUGUAGACAAUUUUCUCAUCCGGCCUAUCUUCACAUUCGCCUUGUGGGCUAUCGGCGGUUCCAUCACUAUCCCUGCUGAGGUUGAUGCCCCGCUGCUCACCGAGAAGGGUGCUGAGACCUUCCCUGUUACCGUCUUCUCUCACGGCGAUGCCAGCUCGCGAACGGACUACACUCACUUCCUUGGGGAGCUCGCUAGUCGCGGGCAUGUCCUUGUCGCCAUUGAGCACCGGGAUGGCAGCGGGCCUGGUUCCCUGGUCAAGACCUCUGCCAACACUCCCGCCCGCCAAGUCCUCCCGUUCCGCCCCGCCGAUCUCCAAGAGGACAUCGAUCAUGACACCUUCAAACGUUCCCAACUCGCCUUUCGCGACGCAGAAAUCCAUGCCGCUAUCGCUCUUCUCCACUCUAUCAACAAGGGCGACCCCGUUCUUAACACCCGCGACACAAUUACAACCCUCACCGACUGGACCGGCCGAUUGAAUCUCACGCAGCUGACCGUAGGCGGCCACUCCUUCGGCGCAACGGGCGCCCUCCAAGCACUCACAAACUCCGAUGCCCCAGCCGGCGGUUUAAUCUUCGACCCCGGCAAGUCCAGCGGCCCGCUCAACCCCAACGCCACCGUGCCAAUCCUAGUCGUGCACUCCAACUCCUGGUCUCGCAAAGUCAGCCCAUUCUACAACCGCCCGCACUUCGACACCGUCCGCGAUCUUGUCCGCGCCAUUCCCGCCCCGUCCUGGUUCCUCACCAGCAUCGGCACCGCGCACCCUAGUGUCACUGACGCGCCGCUUCUCGAGCCUUUGCUACUGAGUUGGACGACCGGGGCGACCCUCGACGUUAAGGAAGCCUUGCGGGAGUAUGUCCGCGUGGCCGACGACUUCUCGACAUUUGUCCGUAGUGGUGAGCGAAAGGGCAUUCUCAAGGAGAGGACGACUCACGAGCAGUACGGUGUAUGGGUGAGUGAGGAGCGGGAGAAGGAGUUCCCGAAGGACCUGGCGAGACUCUGGGAGGUGCAUGUUACGCCGGAAGAUCAAGACCGUCCCUUAGAGGAGCCUGUGGAGCUUUGA